AGAGGCCCGGCUGCGCGUAUCCAAGGAGCGCCUGGCUCCGGCUCGGGGGUGUGGCGCGCCGCCGGCGGGGGUGGGCAGGCGCGCCGGACGGCAGGUGUCGGCGGCGUAGGCAUUUGGCGGCGAUGGAGCGGCCCCGGGGAGCUGCGGGCUGCCUCUCGCGCUGGCCCCACGGCCUCGGCCUCCGCCUCCUCCUCCUCUUUCUCCUCCAGCUGCUGCCGCGGGCGACCCUCGGCCAGGACCGGCUGGACGCGCCGCCGCCGCCCGCUGCGCCGCUGUCGCGCUGGUCCGGCCCCGUCGGGGUGAGCUGGGGGCUGCGCGCGGCCGCGCCCGGGGGCCCGGUUCCCCGCAGCGGCCGUUGGCGCCGCAGCGCGCUCGAGGAGGACCAGGACUGCGGCCGGGUCCGGGACUUCGUCGCCAAGCUGGCCAACAACACGCACCAGCAUGUGUUUGAUGAUCUCAGUGUCUCAGUAUCCUUGUCCUGGGUUGGCGAUGGCACUGGGAUCAUUCUAGUCUUGACUACCUUCCAUGUACCACUGGUAAUUAUGACUUUCGGACAGUCCAAGCUAUAUCGAAGUGAGGACUAUGGAAAGAACUUUAAGGAUAUUACACAUCUCAUCAAUAACACCUUCAUUCGGACUGAGUUUGGCAUGGCUAUUGGUCCUGAGAAUUCUGGAAAGGUGAUUUUAACAGCAGAGGUGUCUGGAGGAAGUCAUGGAGGAAGAAUCUUCAGAUCAUCAGAUUUUGCCAAGAACUUUGUUCAGACCAAUCUCCCUUUCCAUCCUCUGACUCAGAUGAUGUAUAGCCCUCAGAAUUCUGAUUAUCUUUUAGCCCUCAGCACUGAAAAUGGCCUGUGGGUGUCCAAGGAUUUUGGGGGAAAAUGGGAAGAAAUCCACAAAGCAGUGUGUUUGGCCAAAUGGGGAUCAGAAAACAUCAUCUUCUUUACCACCUAUGCGAACGGCUCCUGCAAAGCUGACCUUGGGGCUCUGGAAUUAUGGAGAACAUCAGACUUGGGGAAAAGCUUCAAAACCAUUGGUGUGAAAAUCUACUCAUUUGGUCUUGGGGGACGUUUCCUUUUUGCCUCUGUGAUGGCUGAUAAGGAUGCAACAAGGAGGAUUCAUGUGUCAACAGAUCAAGGGGACACAUGGAGCAUGGCCCAGCUACCUUCUGUGGGGCAGGAACAAUUCUAUUCUAUUCUAGCAGCUAAUGAUGACAUGGUGUUCAUGCAUGUAGAUGAACCUGGAGAUACCGGAUUUGGCACAAUCUUUACCUCAGACGAUCGAGGUGUUGUCUAUUCCAAGUCCUUAGACCGACAUCUGUAUACCACCACAGGGGGUGAGACAGACUUCACCAAUGUGACCUCCCUCCGCGGGGUCUACAUAACAAGUGUGCUCUCAGAAGAUAAUUCUAUCCAGACUAUGAUCACUUUCGACCAAGGAGGAAGAUGGAAGCACCUGAGGAAGCCUGAAAACAGUGAAUGCGAUGCUACAGCAAAAAACAAGAAUGAGUGCAGCCUUCAUAUUCACGCUUCCUACAGCAUCUCCCAGAAGCUAAAUGUUCCAAUGGCCCCACUCUCAGAGCCUAAGGCCGUCGGCAUAGUCAUUGCCCACGGUAGUGUAGGGGAUGCCAUCUCAGUGAUGAUCCCGGAUGUGUACAUAUCAGAUGAUGGGGGUUACUCCUGGGCGAAGAUGCUGGAAGGACCCCACUAUUACACCAUCCUGGAUUCCGGAGGCAUCAUUGUGGCCAUUGAGCACAGCAGCCGCCCUAUCAAUGUGAUUAAGUUCUCCACAGACGAGGGUCAGUGCUGGCAAACCUACACGUUCACCAGGGAGCCCAUCUACUUUACCGGCCUGGCCUCAGAACCUGGAGCUCGGUCCAUGAAUAUCAGCAUUUGGGGUUUCACAGAAUCUUUCCUGACUCGCCAGUGGGUCUCCUACACCAUUGAUUUUAAAGAUGUCCUUGAAAGGAACUGUGAGGAGAAGGACUAUACCAUAUGGCUGGCUCACUCCGCAGACCCUGGAGAUUAUGGAGACGGCUGCAUCUUGGGCUACAAGGAACAGUACCUGCGGCUUCGCAAGUCAUCCGUCUGCCAGAACGGUCGGGACUACGUGGUGACCAAGCAGCCGUCCGUCUGUCCCUGCUCCCUGGAGGACUUCCUCUGUGAUUUUGGCUACUUCCGUCCAGAAAAUGACUCCAAAUGUGUGGAACAGCCAGAACUGAAGGGCCACGAUCUGGAAUUUUGUCUGUACGGCAGAGAGGAGCACCUGACAACAAAUGGGUACCGAAAAAUUCCAGGAGACAGAUGCCAAGGUGGUGUGAAUCCAGUCCGAGAAGUAAAAGACUUGAAAAAGAAAUGCACAAGCAACUUUUUGAGUCCUGAAAAGCAGAACUCCAAGUCAAACUCUGUUCCAAUCAUCCUGGCCACCGUGGGAUUGAUGCUGGUCACAGUCGUAGCAGGGGUGCUCAUUGUGAAGAAGUACGUCUGUGGCGGAAGGUUCCUGGUGCAUCGCUACUCUGUGCUGCAGCAGCACGCAGAGGCCAACGGUGUGGACGGUGUGGAUGCCCUGGACACGGCCUCCCACACUCAUAAGAGUGGUUAUCACGACGACUCAGACGAGGACCUCCUGGAAUAGCUCCUCAAAGGAGCUGGGACCGAGCACAGAUGAUGGAACCGCAGUACCUCUCACACGCCUGACUUGGGGGAAUAAAUUUCCCGUUGCGAGGGACCCAGCUCUGUUUCUGCUGCUUCCACCAAGCCAAAAGGAUCUGCGCUGAAGAAAUGCAGGGGGGGUGGGGACCCUAAACACUCUCACGAUUGGCUCUGAGAAGAGGGGGGAUACUAAAUUCUUUAACUU